UUGUACCCUCCGUGCUACUGAGCAGACUUGCCGCGAUACAAACGGGCUUACAUCGGCUUUAAACCCACGAAAAGAUGCCCCUGCAUUGGAUUAAAACAAUAAAUCAAACACGGCGAAGUCUGGAAAAACUUUCCCCAACUGUGCCCAAACUUUGAUAGCCUGCAACAGAAAGAAAGCCACUUCCCUUCCAGUCCCGAGUGUGUUAGCAUUGUUUCAUCUUUCACCACUGGACCUGCUUUCUUUUGUGUUUUUUUGUGCUUUUUUUUCGUCUUUUCUUGGACCAAGUCUCAUGAAUUCACCGAAAAAAGACGGAGAUGAUGAUGUGCCCGUUAAAGACCCGGUGAAAUACGGCGAGUUGGUCAUUUUGGGGUACAAUGGCUCGCUCCCAAACGGAGACCGCGGCCGCAGGAAGAGCCGCUUCGCUCUUUACAGAAGGGCCAAAGCCAACGGCGUCAAACCCAGCGCUGUACACAUCCUCAACACGCCACAGGACAGCAAGGCGGUCCACAGCAGGGGGCAGCACAGCAUCUCUUUCACGCUGUCCCGAAACCAGACAGUGGUGGUGGAGUACUGCCAUGACAACAACACAGACAUGUUCCAGAUCGGACGCUCGACAGAAAGUCCCAUUGACUUUGUGGUGAUGGACACCUCCGGAGGGGGGAAAGAAGGGGAGGACCCCUCCAUCGCUCCAAGCACCAUCUCCCGUUUCGCCUGCAGAGUCGUGUGUGAGCGCAACCCACCCUACACCGCACGCAUCUAUGCUGCAGGCUUCGACUCUUCCAAAAAUAUCUUCCUAGGGGAGAAAGCAACCAAAUGGAAAAAUCCCGACGGGCACAUGGACGGCCUCACCACCAACGGUGUUCUCGUGAUGCACCCGGAGGGUUUCCCAGAAGACCCUAAGCAGGGUCUGUGGAGGGAGAUCUCUGUGUGUGGAGAUGUUUAUGCCCUGCGGGAAACCCGAUCUGGACCCAGCCGCGGAAAACUAGCGGAGGGAGAGAGCAGUGCACUGCGGGACGGCUCCCUGGUGGAUCUGUGCGGCGCCACCCUGCUGUGGCGCACAGGUGAAGGUCUCAUGCGUGCUCCCACUCUGCGUCACCUGGAGGCGCUUCGCCAGGAACUGAACGCCUCCAGGCCUCAGUGUCCCGUCGGCCUCAGCACGCUGGCGUUCCCCAGCCUGCCGCGCAGUCACAGCCUGGAGGAGCGUCAGCCCUGGGUCUACCUGGCCUGCGGCCACGUCCACGGACGCCACGACUGGGGCCAGAGAUCGGAGGGGGAGAAGGAGCCGGGAGAGGCCGACGGCUCCACGGUCCGGCGGGAGUGUCCCCUGUGCAGGAGCGUGGGUCCCUACGUCCCCCUGUGGCUCGGCUCGGAGCCCGCCGUGUACGUGGACGCGGGAGCUCCCACCCACGCCUUCGUACCCUGCGGCCACGUGUGCUCAGAGAGGACAGUCAGGUACUGGGCAGACACUCCUCUGCCCCACGGGACGCACGCCUUCAGACCCGUCUGCCCCUUCUGCUCCACCGCCCUCAGCACCCCCGGCUGGACACGGCUCAUCUUCCAGGGCCCCAUCGACUAGUCACUACUCCACAGCAACCACUAUCACAAUAACAGGGCGCUAACUGAGCUUCAUUCAUGUUUCAAGUGUUGAUGAGUCAGGAAAGGUAAUGAGUUCCAGGUGUUGAACUUUAGUGUCCAACAACACUGCAACGUUGAGUUAGUGAAUGUAGCUCAGAGCCAAAGAAUCCUUCCCCUUGUUUAUCCUUCUGCGCUUCAAGAUAAAAAGGUUCAACGAGAAUAGGCGUAGAAUAAUUUAAGUAUUUGCUUUAAACUCUAUGCGACGUCUCAUUUUCCGUCAUGCAGGGAUCUGAAAUUAGUUUUUUAUUACAACCAGACACGGCGCCGUGCGACUUUAACGAUUACCAUCCAUCAAUACGUCACCCUUCAAAAGUGACAGAUGAUAAAUGAUGCUGGUUGGCCCUUUUUUAUCUCACACGUCACUUCCAAAUGCAAUAUAAUUACGUACUUUUAUGAGGGUUCAUUUGAAUUUUUUUGUCCUUUUAUGACACACAUAUAUAUAUAUAUAUAUAUAUAUAUAUAUAUAUAUACACACACACCGUAUUUUCUGGACUAUAAGCCGCUACUUUUUUCAUAGGUUUUGAACCAUGCGGCUUAUACAAAGGUGCGGCUAUUCUGUGGAUUUUUCUUCCACCGCUCGGGCGCUCUAACCGGAAUUAGAAUAAAACUAAGACAAAAUAAAUGCAAAGAAGAAUACGCUACUUCUUCUUUAGCAGAAAGAAGAAGGUAGAAGCAGAUUUCAAACAGAUAAAUAAAUACCGGUAAUUUAUCUUGGCUGCCGUGUUAAAAGACACUGUUGGGAAAGGAUCUAUUUAGGUACAAACAUGUACAUCAUUUACAGUUCUAAAUCCUUCUGUACAUGUAGUAAAUAUCUAAUCUAACAACAUAAAUAUCUGCGGCUUAUCUUUUUUUUUUUUUAAAUGGAGCGGAUGCGGCUUAUAUGCAGGUGCUGCUUAUAGUCCAGAAAAUACGGUGUAUGUAUAUAUAUAUCUAUAUAUAUAUAUAUAUAUAGAUAUAUAUAUAUAUAUGUGUAUAUAUUUCUCCUUAACUGAUUGAUCAGAAUUCAAUGCUUCAGUUCCUCCAAAAGCCAGCGUCACGUCACUUUAUAGAUAAAUUAAUCCAUACAGCUGUACUUUCAUUUAUUAUUCAUGUAUUAUUUCCACUGGUGGAAGGAAAAAAGAAGAGAUGAAGGGAGACUAGUUAUUUUAAAAAUGAUAUUUCUCUCAUAUGUAGUUCUCCUGUUUUGUCUUCGCAUGUCCUUGUAGUGUGAAAUCUAUGCACAGAUCCCCUUUAAACAGGACGCUUUUGAGUAGUAUCUCACCUGAAAGAAUACUCCUCUUUUCUUUUUAUAACUAUGAAGCAAAAUGAGGAUAAACAAAGGCAAGGACAGAAACCGGGUGAACUCCACAACUCUCUAAAGCAAUAAAAUAGCACUUGCAUAGAUAAGCUAGAUGUUUUGCUAUAUUUAGAUUAGCCGUCCAUUCAAACACGAGAGAAACUGUUUCCAGGUUAAGGGCUCGACCGGAGGUGUGUUCAAUUCCAUGACUCAUUGAUCUAAGUAUGUAUGGUGUGACCAAAGCGCUAGAGUUUAAAAGAAAAAAAAAGAUGGGCAACCCAAAUCAGCGAUGAAAUAGCAGAUUUAUGUUGAACUACUAGUUCUAGUUGCGUUACGAUCCCCAUUAUGCUGACAGAAAGUCGGCAUGCUCAGACCUCAGACCAUACUGCAUUGCUUGCGUGAUAUGUUUGAACACACUUCUGGUACCUGAAUUAUGCUAAAAACAGGGUCCACAUGGGCGUGAUGGAGUGCCAGUAGGUUAGAUCUUGUACAACCUCAAAAGAAAAAAAAAAAAAUAUCCUUUCUGUUUCAAAGAAAACUAUUUUGUUAGUAAAUUGGGCUGG